AUGGAGCCAUUGCCCGGCGGUGUGCCUACGGUAGCCGGCCGAACACCUAUUGCUUGCCAGAAUUGCGCAAACGCAAAGACUGGCUGCGAUAAGAGAGUACCCUGCUCGCGGUGCGCAGAGAAGAACUUGCCUUGUGCUGCAAGGUUCGCGCGGAGAUCAUCAAAGGCUGCCGUCAGAGCUGCACAAGCCAGCGCUGCUUUCCAGCAACAGAUGAUGCCCACCGUACCCCAACCACCCCAACCAGCUCAGCCUGUUGCCUUCAUGGACCUCGACCCGUCCCUGCCCAAGCAGGACUCUCCGAGCAAGAUGCCAACGGAAUCUCCCAUUGCAACCAUGGACCCUCGUAUGAUGGAAGGGCCGAUGAAGAAGAGCUCUCCAACACAGUCGCAUCGCAGCUCCGACGAUUUCCCAUCACCUCACAGCCGGGUCGAUGGACUCGACGAAUUCAUGCAGCUAAAUAACGACUUCAUCACACCCGACACAAACUACCAGGACAUGAUGGUCUGGCCCGAAUACCCCAUUGAGCUUGACAUGUACUCCGGCCAGCUGCCCAUGUCGCGCCCGGAUAUGUCCAUGCCGAGUUUCCCAGAGCUGAGCGACAUGUCGUCGAGCUCUGCAUCAGAGCCCAUGACUGCCUCUUCCUCGCGAGGAUCGAUUCAUACCAGAAGCACAAGCAUCAUGUCCACAGCUGAUUUCGAUGCCACGAUGAAGCCGACAGAGCCCGCCCUUGGUAUGUUGAGCGAGUCGACGAUUCCAGAGUUCGAAGUUGUCAUUGCCGCCGAAGACUCUUGGCCACUCGCCCGUUGCAACCCGCCCAUCUACUCAGGCACCUGCCCAAGGACUGCCAUCGUCCACCUGGAAUGCUUGGAACGGAAGUCCAAGGAGGACAAUACCUGGAGGUCUCUGGAGAAAUACCUUGAGAAUCUCGAUUGGGAUACCACGGAUGCCUCGGUCAUCCCCUCACCUCGCUCGUUCCUCCAAAAAGCGCUGGACAUUCACCGAAGCGGCCUGAACAACGGAUAUUCCAAAACCGGCUAUGCCACUCCCAGCGAAUUCAACUUCAUCGUGCUUCCUCCCACCAAGAUCCUCGAGUAUUUCCUUCGCAGCUACGUUCGUAGCUUACAGUACUACUAUUCCCUCAUCGUCGCUGGAUGUGUUGACCCCAACGAGAUGCUUCUUAACAACCAGGCGUCGACACUGUUGCUUUUGUUGAUGAUUGCGCAAGGCGCCUCCGCCGUGCCGAUGGCAGAGGCUCGGUACCUCGCCGCUGGUCUGACCGAGACGUGUCGUAUCUCGCUCUUUGACAUCAUUGAGAAAGAUGUCGAGUUGUCGGCCGACCCGGUUGCCUUGCGGUGUGCUUUGUUGUUCACAUUGCAAGGUGCCUGGAGCGGGGACAAGUGGCUGAUGGACAUCGCCAUGGGACAAAGGGGAAUGUACUUGUCGAUGCUGAAACAUGCCGGCAUGCUGGAGCCUCAACCCUCAAUGAUUCCGACUUUGAACAGCACAACGAGCACCGAGCUGCAAUGGCGCGCGUGGUUGCAUCGCGAGAUGCAGAACCGACUCGUCUACAACUGGGUCAUGUGCGACCAAGAGCUCAGCCUGUUCCAUGACACGCCUCCUCAGUUGGCCAUUACCGAUCUCCAAUGUCCUCUCCCCAGCCCCGAGGCCCUCUGGUUGGCGCCGAACUCAGAGCAAUGGUUCGCCAACGUCCAGAGCCUCUAUGGAUGUACCGCGAACGUCAACCCGCAACUCCUCUCCAGCCCUUCCAUCACACCUUCUCUUUGCGAGCUCUUCCAAGACUUCCUCCACGACAACCUCUCCCGUCGCCAAGCUGGUCUCUCUCCUCAACAGCUCCGUCUUCUCCUCCACCCUCUUCAAUCUCUCCUUUGCCACUUGAGACAGAUGCUUUCCUGCUUCUCAGACGUGCUAUCCACCAGACGUGCGACCUCGCGGACCAUUACCAAGUCGAGCACCAUGCUUCGCCUUGAGGAGGUUCAGGCACUUCUUCAGAAGUGGUACGAGCUCACCAUGUCUUUCUACAAGAGCAACCCCAACUGCACGACCACCCGUUGCAACUUAGUCCUCUACCAUCUCAUCUCUCUCAACGCAGUCACCAACUUCCCCGAGAUCGAGCGCCUCGCCCGUCGCGACGGGUUUGACGGUUCCUACUGGGAGUUGAGUCUGCGCCACAAGCGCUGCAUCUACAACCGUGAGGAGGCUAUCUUCCAUUCCGGCCAGGUUAUGCGCCUCUUGCGCUCCAUGCCCGCCGACCGCCGCCCGUGCUGGUGGCCCGCCGGUGUCUACCGCGCUACCCUCAUACUCUGGGCCGACAGCGUCGCACGUCUCGACCCCAACUUCCAAAAGGCCCAGGCCCAACAGACCUCCUCGCCUGUAUCCCAGCAUCAGAGCUCAAGUCCCGAACACCUCAGCGGCGCAGGCGCCUCUAACGCAGCUACGAGUGGACAACACGGCAGCGGCAACAUUGUUGCCAUUGACCAGGUCACACCCGAGGACCCGGCUGUUAUUUCCUACUUGUGGAGCGGAGGUGAUGGCAUCCCCGUUCUCACCCGGCGCGAUGGCACCACGAUGGGCUUGGAAAAGCCCGCGGAGGUCAUCAAUUACGGUGUCAUGGCCAUCGAAGAGGGCGUCACCUGUCGCAUCGGCGACGGAAUAAGACGCAAGCUCAUUACUCUCAACAACAACUGGAACGUUGACGGCUUGGCCGCCACUGCCACUGCUUGA